AUGAAAGCGUCUCAGUUUGACGCAGCUGUUAGUAAAUAUAAUGAGGCUAUCAAACUGAACCGAGAUCCCGUUUAUUUCUGCAACAGAGCUGCUGCAUAUUGCCGCCUUGAACAAUACGAUCUCGCAAUCCAAGACUGCAGGACAGCACUCGCUCUUGACCCGAAAUAUAGCAAAGCCUAUGGAAGAAUGGGACUGGCUUUGUCAUGUCAAAAUCGUUAUGAGCAAGCUGUGGAAGCCUAUAAGAAGGCCCUUGAGCUGGAUCCUAAUCAGGAAAGCUUCAAAAAUAAUUUGAAAAUUGCCGAGGAAAAAGUGAAGGAGCUUGAGGCAGCAGCACAAGCAAGUGGAGCGCAACCGGUAAGUCACAUGUUCGGCUAG